AUGGCGUUCUUUUUACGGCGCCCCUUUGCCGUACCGACAGCUCUACGCCAGGUACCCAAAGCCGCAAACACCGCUCGCUUCAUCCACAGCUCUCCGUUCAAGCCGGCUCAACCGAAGCCUCUCACCCCCGCCUCUUCCAUCUUCGCGAAGUCCCGACAGACUUUCCAGAAUGCCUUCCGUCGCACGUACAUUCAGCCGACAGCCAAUGCUUCGCAGGGUGACAGGACCCAGAAGCUAAUUUAUGGCGCGGCUAUCGUUGGUGGAACUAUCUUGGCGACAAACUUGAUCUUCAACCGGGAGACAAGGGAAGAUGGCGGAAUGCCUCACUACGAACGGUCUUAUCUGAACGAAACUUUUAUGCACACUGGACUUGGUAUUGGAAUCAUCGGUAUUGCUGCUAGAGCUCUCCACUCGAGCGGUUGGUCGUAUCGUCUCAUGGCCACGAACCCUUGGCUUGUUGCUGGUGUCGGUCUGGUUGCCAGCAUCGGAACGAUGUAUGGUACUUUCUACACUUCUCCCGACAACUACGUUAUGAAGUACGGUCUCUGGACUGGCUUUAACCUCACCCAGGCUGCGCUCCUUUCGCCGUUGAUGUUCAUGCACCCCGCUCUUCUCGCCCGUGCUGGUCUCUACACUGUUGGAAUGAUGGGCUCUAUUGCUUUCGUUGGUGCCACGGCUAAGCAGGAGAAGUACCUGUACCUGGGAGCACCUCUGCUUGCCGGUGUGACCAUCGUUGCCCUCUCUGGAUUCGCGCCUCUUGUCCUUCCCUCCACCGCCACCCGUGCUCUGAUGUGGUCUGAGAAGAUCUGGUUGUAUGGUGGUCUUGCCGUCUUCGGAGGCUUUACUCUCUACGACGUCCAGAAGAUCCUUCACCACGCUCGCAUGUCCGAGAGGGGCCUUGUCCGUAAGGAUGUCGUCAACGAGUCCGUUAGCCUCGAGUUGGACUUUAUCAACAUCUUCAUCCGUAUGGUCCAGAUUCUGGGCAUGCGAAACAACAACCGGAGGUAA